GACGUUUUCUGGAGGUCCGCUACUCGAUCGUCGCUCGUUCUCUGGUGAUUACUGUUUUUGAGUGUUCAGAAAUUAGCUUGUAUUUUUUAGUAGUUGCCAGGGCGUACACGCACACUUGUGUUUUGCUCAAUUAUUUUUAUUUUUUUUUGGAUCAAAUUCGUUAAAAUAAUAGGAUUCCUCAUUUGGGAAAUGUUGUUUAUUUGUUGUUACGCGACGAACAACUUUUUUUUCCCGGACACACUGAUGCGUACCAAUGGUUUAAGCGUUUGGCUCAAAGAGACAAAAUUAUUGAAUCUGAUACCGGGUCCGAGUAGCAACUUAAUAAUCAAAUUAUCAUUUUUGUUUGCUGGUGGCGAAAGCGUUGAAAAAAAAAUUGUAAUAAAUAAUACGUUGUAACGAAUCUUAUGAGAGCGGUUGUUGUUUUUUUUUAUCGUUCAUUUUUCUUUCGCGACCAACCACCAUUGACGUCAUUAAGAUAUUUAUUUGUAAAAUGUUCGUGCUUUUUAUAAUUCCUUCUCAAUAUUCCACAUUCUAUUUUAUAUUUAAACAAGCCAGAAUGUAUCAUAUUUCAGAAUGCGUAGAUUAAUAAGAUGAGAAGAAAACUAUUUUACCUCUAGCACCAAAUUUAACAAAAACAAUUUUACUGUUGUCUUAAAAACAUUAUUUCCAACUUUUUAAACCAUUUCUUAAUUUAUUUAUUUUUUUUCUUCAUAUUUAUAGUUUCUGAAGUAAUACGUGCCCAUGGCCGUAUCGGCACAGGUCAAAGUUCGCAAGAUGGUCACGUUAGCUGCUGCAUCGUCCCUCGUGUUUCUAAUAGGUAAGUCAAGUUUUGUCGUUGUGACGUGACUAAUCCAGAUAUGUGUGCAUGCACAUGCCCGUAGCGAUCAGUUCGAGCUUACAACGAGUGGGUUAUCUUAUCCCGAGACAUGCUUCACAAUUUAAUGUUAAUUUUUUUUUUCUUCAAAUGUUUUUAAAAAAAUUAGUUUUAAAUAAUUUAAUAAAAAUAGCAACAAUAAAAUUUGAUUGUAAAAAAUAAUUAAAAAAAAAUGAGGGCUGAAUUCUCUUUAUGUCUUAUGAAUAUGUCUUCAAUAAGAAUAAGUUUUUCGCAACCAUAAACCUUUUACCCACAGUACAACAACUAACAUUCGUAAUAAUUUGUUUAAACCCAUAAUUGUUUUAAAAAAAAUGAAACAUACACAAAAUGGUGGGUUUUUUUUUAAUCCUUAAACAUAAUUGUUUCACAGCAGUUUCACUACUUUACAUGAUGCCUCGUCUCUAUACCUCCUUUGUUCCCUCGUCUCUAUACCUCCUUUGUUCCCUCGUCUCUAUACCUCCUUUGUUCCCUCGUCUCUAUACCUCCUUUGUUCCCUCGUCUCUAUACCUCCUUUGUUCCCUCGUCUCUAUACCUCCUUUGUUCCCUCGUCUCUAUACCUCCUUUGUUCCCUCGUCUCUAUACCUCCUUUGUUCCCUCGUCUCUAUACCUCCUUUGUUCCCUCGUCUCUAUACCUCCUUUGUUUCUAAAAACCUACCUAUAGGCUUGGCAAGAUAAAACCGUUAGGUCUCAGCGAGGAAAGUAGAAAUGAAAAAUAUACCAUCAAUGUAAACAGUUUAUCGGUAAUACAACACAGUGCCCCUGACUUCAGUACCCCUGACUUCAGUACCCCUGACUUCAGUGCCCCUGACUUCAGUACCCCUGACUUCAGUACCCCUGACUUCAGUGCCCCUGACUUCAGUACCCCUGACUUCAGUACCCCUGACUUCAGUACCCCUGACUUCAGUACCCCUGACUUCAGUACCCCUGACUUCAGUGCCCCCGACAUCACUAGAAAAAGCUGACUCAUUGGUUUUUAAUAUUUAACAAAUUGUAAACAAUGUGCCAUGUCUGCGGUUCCCAAAUUAUUUUUGUUCCAGAUAAAUUAUAACUUAUCAAACUGGAUCCCUCCACGUUAAAAUAAAAAAAAAGGUUGCCAACCCCAAGAAUAACCAGGCAGCCGUAGAUGCAAAUUAAAGCACAGAUUUCGAACAUGCUGGUUCAUUCUACCUACCAUUAUGACACGAGAAGACGUACCGUGUUUAGAAGUGUGGGAGUUCAUUGAUAAUUGUUGCGACUGAAUGUUAUGUCAUCAAGCGCGGUGUGUGUUUGAGAGUUUUAAUUGGUUAGUAGACGCUCUUCCCGCGCUUGAUUCUGUGACGUAUUUUUAUGCUGAUUGUGACGUAUCGUGUAGACGGUAUAGUGACGUAAGUUUUAGUCGUGCUGCAGUCUUGAGUGGAACUUUUUGGAAGUAGGAUGUGUAUUGUUUAUGUCUGAUAGCGAGCUGCCCUACAUUCAUGUGUUUAUGUGUAUAGUAAAUACUUAGAUAUUAAAGUUAUAAUUAUUAUGAAAAGGACUUAAGUUUAUUCAGUGAUAGUAAUAGUAAGAAUAGUACGACCCAUUCAACGUGUGAAAGAGCAUGACAAAUUAAUCAAUCCCGUAGAACAGCGGUUCUCAACCUUUCUAAUGCCGCGACCCUUUAAUACAGUUCCUCAUGUUGUGGCGACCCCCAACCACAAAAUUAUUUUCGUUGAUACUUCAUAACCGUAGAGUAUAUGUAUUUUCAGAUGGUCUUAGGCGACCCCUGUGAAAGGGUCGUGUGACCCCCAAAGGGGUCGCGACCCACAGGUUGAGAACCGCUGCCGUAGAACAUUUAUAGGAGUUGACAUUUAGUGAUCCACCAUAGUGUUAAUAGCACGCGUGACGUCAACAGGACACAUUUGAUGACCUAUAGACACAACUGUAUUUAGCGCGAAAUAUAGUAUUUGGAUUUCUGCAGACUAACUUAUUUCGUACGUUAUAGAUAAUCAUUGUUAAAAAGUAAAUUGUAAAAUAUUCAAAGAACUUUUCUUUCCGGCGGUGGGGACGAGUAAUUAAACACGUAUGGAUCAAGCUAGUAGCAUGCUUUGAUUCUACCACAACACAAGGUUUGAGCUUGAAACCUAUCUAAAUCCGUACUUUAUUCUUACAUUUUGCAUUAUGUAUGCUGCUUGAUGUAAACUAAGUAACCAUUUAAUUUAACUUUUCCCGACUCCGAGUCAGAUAGUGAUGACACUCCCUAUUGAGACUAAAUGGUUUUAAUUUCUACAGUUGUUCUGAGCAUGGUCAAGACUGCGGCGGCUUCCAUAACAGACUUCUACGUCCUGCCGGAUAUCAGCGAUAAUGUCUAUCUGUUGUCGAAAUCCGACAUGCCACAUCUCAUUACACAUCCCAUAUGCGAGAACCAUUCGGCGGAUGUCGCCUUCUUUGAAACAAACAAAGAAUUUAGUGCAGUCACUUCGUAUCUGGACGGAUUCCUGAAAUCGACAAAAAGGACAUCUCCAACAAAUAUCAAAGGGAUCUGGAUACAUAUGAAAUGCAACCGUCAUUAUUCAACACAAGACGAAUUUUUAUGGGGAAAUGAAACUAUUGCAACAUCUCUUUGGGCGGUUCAGCCAGGCCCUCAGUUUUGCGAAACAUGUCAAUCGUUUUGUUGUGGAAGAAUAGGAGUAAAUGACAGCUUGAUGACCAACGGUCUCUGGUCCGAAGGAGAUCUUUUAAAAAGCUUUUGGUUUCUUUGCAAGGUAACAAACGAAUGCGCCUUUAACGAAACAAACAGAUGUACGCACCUGUGCAGAGACGAGGCCAACGGCUACACCUGCUCGUGUAAACCUGGAUACGCACUGACCAGCGACAACCACACCUGCGUGGACGUUGACGAGUGCAGCGGCACAAAGUCGUCACCAAAACCGUGUCAACACGAGUGUCGCAACAACAACGGAUCCUACAAGUGUGCGUGUCACCCUGGUUACAAGUUAAACGCCGACCAAUUUAGCUGUGCCGACGUCAACGAGUGUAACACGAGUGUCCACAUGUGUCGUGACAUCUGUAACAAUUUGAAUGGUUCGUAUAACUGCAGCUGUCGUCCUGGUUUCGAGCUUGGCAAUGAUUCUAAAAGCUGUUUCGACGUCAACGAAUGUAACACGAGUAACCACAUGUGCGAGUAUGCGUGUAACAAUGUUAACGGUUCGUAUUACUGCAGCUGCCCACCAGGCUUUUACCUUGGCAACGAUUCAAAACGGUGCUUUGAUGUCGACGAGUGUAACACAUCAAAUCCAUGCGAUCACAUCUGUAGCAAUGUCAACGGUUCCUAUAACUGCAGCUGUCAUUCUGGUUUUGAGUUGGGCAACAAUUCGAAAAGCUGUUUUGACGUCGACGAAUGUAACGUGUCGAUGCCAGGCGAUCACAUCUGUAACGAUGUUUACAUUUCCUGUAACUGUACUUGCAAGCCUGGCUUUCGUCUCACCAGUGAUGGCCGCAGUUGUGUUGAUAUUGAUGAAUGCAACACAACAUUACAUUUAUGCAACCAAACAUGUAACAACACAUUAGGAAGUUACGAAUGCACUUGUAAGGACGGCUACAAACUCUCGUCAGAUCUCGUCACGUGUCAAGAAAUUAACAAGUUCCAUAACGUGAGUGUCAACUGUGAGCGAAACUGUACCAUCAAUGGCUCGUCUGUCCCGUGGACGUGCACGCCGGGAUUCGUCCUUGACAUCAAUGACAACAAGACAUGUCAUGACGUCGAUGAGUGCACCACUCAGCCGUGUAACCAAACGUGUCAUAACACACCCGGAUCGUUCACGUGCUCGUGUCACCCCGGUUUCAUCCUCGACGACGAUCUCGUGACUUGUCGGCAAAAUGAAAACAAUCACCAGUUAUGCCCUUGCCAAUGCUCAGAUCUGACCCGUCAGAACUAUGUUCCCCAAAUGGUCCAGAACGAACAUCACAGACAUCUUAUAGUGUCCAAGACCCAUCUCUUGUCCUUCCGCUUGUCCAAGGGUUGCGCAGACGACAACCGCUUCUUAGCGAGGGCGAUUGGUUGCAGCGGCUGUUUAAUUGCCGUAGUGUUUGUAUCCUCUUUUCUGGCAACAGAUCUGAUGACGGCUGGUCGAGUAGUUCUCAAAUAUUUUAAACACAGGACGCCACGCGUGGAUAGAGAUCGAAUGUAGCCCGAGAUUGGGUGUAGCCCGUGUUUGGGUGUAGCUCGUUGUUGGAUGUAUCUUAAGACUGAGUGUAGACCGUGAUGGGUGAAUACAGUGAUGGCUGUAUCCCAUGAUGGCUGUAUCCCAUGAUGGCUGUAUCCCAUGAUGGGUGUAUCCCAUGAUGGGUGUAGUUGGUGAUGGGUGUUAACCAUGGUUGGGUUUAAUUUAUAUUAAUUUAGUUUGUAAUCUAAUUUUAUCAGUGAAAUAAAUCGUGGAAUGAGAGCAUCAAAAAUACCUGUUCAUUGUGAUUAGUAUUCAAUAUUUGUAUUGGUGUGUUUAUUUCUAAAGGGAGACAACCCUGUAAUUAUAAACUAAAACCAAAGGUUUUUAACUUACUUCCCCUGCAAUCCAUGUUACUUUUAAAAGAAAGUAUGUUCAUAUUUAAUAUAAAUGUCAGUAAAUAUCCCUCAAUGUAUGCACCAGUUGCUUAAACAAAAAACAAAUAUAAAUAUAUUAGGCACGUCCCUUACUUUAUUCAUAUGA